GAGUAAGUCUAACAAAAGUACGAAGUUGUGUGUAAUACCGCAUCUUUGCUAGGGAUAGGAUCAUCGGGCUUCGGCUUCCCUACAUUUCGCUUAUUGCUGCUUAUGGCCCGGCAGAUGGCGGCAAGCUUGGCUCAGGCGUCUGUGAGGCGUUUGACGUGUUCUGCGCGGACUCUGCUGCUGCCCUUGCUGAUAUGCGUUCGCCCCUGCAGAGGAAGGCCCAGCGAGGUAGUGGGCUUUACAAUGCUGGAUGGUGCAACUCUAAGAGGUCGCAACAGCGUUGCCCAGUAG